GAAGUAGAACGUCCACAGCUGUCUCAACGCUCGGCAGCUGCCGUGGCCGCCUUUGUUUGGAAGUUCCAGGCAAUCUUCUGAGAUGGCGAACGCAGCCGCGCCUACAGCGGCGGUCCCCACCCUAGCUCCGCCUUUGGAGCAGAUCCGGCACUUGGCAGAGGAGCUGCGGUUGCUGAUACCUGCAGUGCGGGUCGGCGAAGCCCUGGAGACCACCAAGGAGUUUAAUCCUGAGACGUUUUGGAGGAGACUCAAUGAGGCAGCUGUGAACGUGUCAAGGGAAGCUACGACUCUGACCGAAGUCUUCUCUCAUCUUCCACUGCCCUCUCCACAGGAAACACAGAGGUUCUGUGAACAAGUCCAUGCUGCCAUCAAGGCAAUGAUUGCAGUAUAUUAUUCACUUCCCAAGAAUCAGGGAAUCACUCUGAGAAAGCUGGUACGAAGCACCACUCUGGACAUCGUAGAUGGCAUGGCUCAACUUAUGGAUGCGCUUUUCAUGACUCCAACUCAGAGCUCAGAGAACAAUGACCUUAUUUCCUACAACAGUGUCUGGACUGCAUGCCAGCAGGUUCCUCAGAUACCAAGAGAUAACAAAGCUGCAGCCCUUUCAAUGCUGACGAAGAAUGUGGAUUUUGUGAAGGAUGCGCAUGAGGAAAUGGAGCAGGCCGUGGAAGAAUGUGACCCGUACUGUGGCCUCCUGAAUGACACUGAGGACAACUCUGAUAACCACGGUGAUGAAGAGGAUGAUGGGUUGGGGUAUCCAAACAAUCGGGACUUAUAUUGGUCAGAGGAGGAUCAAGAGCUCAUAAUCCCAUGCCUUGCACUGGUGAGAGCAUCAAAAGCCUGCCUGAAGAAAAUCCGGAUCUCAGUGGCAGAGAAUGGGAAGAAGGAUCAGGUGGCCCAACUGGACGACAUUGUGGAUAUCUCUGAUGAGAUCAGCCCUAGUGUGGAUGAUUUGGCUCUGAGUAUAUACCCACCUAUGUGCCACUUGACUGUGCGAAUCAAUUCUGCAAAACUUGUAUCUGUCUUAAAGAAGGCACUUGAAAUUACUAAAGCGAGUCAUGUGACCCCACAGCCAGAAGAUAGUUGGAUCCCUUUACUCAUUAAUGCCGUUGAUCAUUGCAUGAACAGAAUCAAGGAACUCACUCAGAAUGAACUUGAACUUUUCCCUUUUGCAGAGAAAAUGAAGCCAUCCUUCAUCCUUGAGGAAUCUUCUCAAGCUCGUGUUCCCAUUCCCAACCCUGUAGACAUAGACCUCUACCCCUGCUGCCACCCGGAAGAUGAAGUGUCCGCCCUCCCCAAGUUGAACCUCCACUUUUGAGGUGCUGAGAAACCCUGCCCAAUACCUUCAGGAUACUUGUAGUUCUGAGUGAUGUCCUCACAGCGGUCACUGCCCACACUCUUGGUGCUGAUGUUGUUGCCAACAUACUUAGUGUUGGAGUUGGUUAACUCCAGUGUGUCAUCCUCACAACACUUCCAGACCACACACGAGGCAUUUACUGAAGCAAAAAGGUCUGAUACUGCAGGCGUCAGUCCUAGUAUCCCCUCCUUGACUGCUCUGACAGGAACCAGAUCACAGGACUCGAGGACUGAGGGAGGAAAAGGCCAGUGAGCAAGAGGAACCAUACCUAGACCUCCCCUGAGCCAGAGCUGCAUAACCUUAGUCCCCAUCCUAUGUCCUAUUUUCCCUUCCCCGAGAUCAAGGUCAGAGGUAGGCACUAGGCAGAGUUUAUGAAAGGGCAUUGCAGAGGUGAAAUUCACAACUAUGUAGUGACAAUCCUUUUUGGUCCUGGUCUGUGGCAGGAGCCCUCUCAGAAACUGGACAGGUAGAACCUCAGAGGACCAUAGUACACAGGAGUUGCUUAGCCAGCUCGACUAUGGCUAUAGUUAGGAAUAGUUCACUUUUAUUGAGCACUUAUUAUGUGCCAGGCUCUAUUACUAUUCUGCUGCUGAGCAAGGAAGAGUGAUCCUUUUAUGGCUCUUGAAGAUUUCUUCUCUGAGCUUGAGCCUAUCCUGAUACCCUCUUUACCCAUAUCCAGAACCUCAGAAAUCUCACCUACAAGCCCCUAACCCAGCACAUCUACCAGUUAUCUUAAGACCCUCUACCCUUCAUUGGGAUUCUCCUUCCUUGCCAGUUGUUCUGAGGUAGGGCUAGUCUCCCCACAGCCUCGGGCCUAAAUAGCUAACACCUUUGUUCCUUUCAGCCUACUGGCUUCAGGUCAGCAUUCUGCUGGCCACUAUCAUUCCUUCCUAAAACUCAUCCAGUUUUAGGGGAUGCAGACCCUCUUGGGACCUCCUGCUGCUCAUAUUUCCUCUCCCACGGACUCCUUCAGCUUGUGCAGCCUAGGAUGGUACGGAGGCCUACCCCCAGGCUUUACCUCCACCUCCACUGUGAGCAUUUGGGUGCAGAAUCUGCCAUCCAUCAUAACCUUGGGGCAAAGCAGGCCGGGUCAUCCAGCACUCUGUGGAAGUCUGGAAGAUCCUGAAGGCAUCAAAGUGAAUAAUUCAAGUGGGGACAAAAGUGUUCUGAAAAGCUGAAGACAUUCUAGAAAUCACAGAGUCAUUAUUGUCAUAGGACACUGUAAAAGUGGCUGCCAUGCUACCAGGAAGGGGGGGUGGUGCAUGGCACCACUGACCAUUCAUGUCCCAUGUAUAAGAGUCUUGAGGGCCUCCUCUCAAUGUGAGGGUCACUCAGGGUGUGGGGGGCUUAUACCAUGUGGGUUUGGAGCCCUUCCAUGUCUGAGACUUCAUCCUCUUUGGGCUUCUCACCAGAUUCUGCCUCUUUGGCCUUCUCCAUUCUGAAGGCCCUCCUCAUUGUAGUACUCAUCUACGAACAAGCGUCCGCCAGUUCCCUGGGCUGAGGCGAAUGUGGUAAUGACGCGAGCAGGGAUUCCCAGGCACCGCAGCACUGCGUGGAAGGGGCCAGAGAGUCAGGGGGAGCCAGAGAGGCCUGGGUAUGUAUAUAGCUAGUGUUUUCAGUGUCUCCUCUGGGCAGACACUGUCUUAAAUGCCACCUGACAUCGUGGAAAGAGGAGGGACACAGGCACCAGGAAGUUAGCACUGACACAGCACAGGAUGCAUAAAGGCUGGGAAAUGAGAUGCAAAAAAUUUACACAGCAGGCGGAGUGUACAGCCAGGGCAAGCUUACAGAAUAUUCACCAGAGCACUGGGGCUUGCUCUACUGGGGCAAAGGCAGGGAAAGUUUCAGGGAGAAAGCCGCAGGACAACCCAAGAGGCAGGGCAGACGCUCCAUACAGUAGCCAAGGGGGGUGUGGCAGGCAAGCUGGCUCUGUACCUGUGCAAGCAACUGCAGCGAACACCCAGGCCUGGCCGUCGUACACAGGUCGCCCUUGGCCUGUGAGCCACUGCCGCAGGAUGGGCACACUGCCCCGGCGCUUGUUCAGCAAGGCCGCUUCCUGGAUAGUGUGGGUCUGUGGGGUGGGCAAGACCCUCUCCUCCAUGAAAGCACGCAGCUGUUUGUGGAAAUGUGUGGAUGAUACAUGGGGCCCAAGACAGAAUAGCCUCCAGGGGUGAAUAAAGAGGGCUUAGACCA